AUGCCCGAAUCCUCAUCAUUAUGUAGGCUUUCAGCAAAGCCAAAUUCAAGAAUCAUACCAUACUUAAUAAAGUAUACAAAAAUAUCAUUGCAAAACUUCUCUAAUGAUGAAUAUGCAUAUUUAGUAGAAUCACAGUUAUUAUUAAAUGAAGAAUAUUCCUGUUCAUUAUCUAAAGAAUCAUCCUUAUUAUUCGACGAACAACAACCUUUAUCAUUAGAUAAAAAUCCAUUAUUAUUAGAUGAUGACUUUUCUUCGAAUAAGCUCUCAAUAUAUAGUAAACCUGUCUCAGAUGAAGAAUUUUCAGAAAGUUCAACUAAUUCUACUCAAAAUACAAUCACAGAGGUGUCAAAACCAUCACAACAAAAUAUUAUAGUAUGGUAUUAUAUGAAAAAAGACAAACCUGCCAAAAUGAUCAGAUGCCGAGCAUGGAUCGGUAGUGAUGAUAAUCUUAAACAAUGCACAAAUACUUUCAAAAUUACAAGUACAACAAAUUUAGCUAGCCAUUUUCAAACUAUACAUAGAUUAAGUAAAACUGGCCCUUUAAGUGGUGGAAAAGAAGUAACACAGUUACAACCUGUUCAAUUAGACCCAUCACAGCCUACUUUAUUAGAAUUAGUCAAUCGUCAGACAACAUCACUUUCAAAUAAAAAACAGAAUAGAAUUAUCUCUAGAAUAUUAGCAUGA